CAGGCAGGUGUUUCUCUUACCUCUCGGCGCUCGGCCAUUGUCGGCUAAUCGCGACCUACUUCGUACCUUCUCAAGUCUAAGUAAUCCACCCACCUCUGUGUUUGCAGCUGUGCCGACCUUACUUGGGUUCUCCAGAUACUUUUCUGUUUAUAUUACUUGCUAAGGGAAAAAAGUCUUUUCUACUCGUCACAUCGGUCCGGAAGCAUACGGAUUUUACUUUGCUUGUUAUUUCGCACUUUUAUUAUUCAAAAUGAUUCCAAAGAGCAGCCGGUCGGUAUUCCACACCACCUCCACUCUGUCGUCAUCACUCCGAUGCGGCACGAGGCGGCAAUUCAGCUCGCGAGGUGCAUUGCAACAAGAAAUCAGGGACGCAUACAUAAUCAGCGCUUCAAGGACACCGACUGCAAAGUUCAAUGGCUCCUUCACCACCGUCCCCGCGCCUAAGCUUGGCGCCGUUGCCAUCAAAUCCGCUCUCGAAAAGUCACGAGUGCCCGUCUCGAACAUCAGCGAUGUCUACAUGGGCAACGUUCUGCAGGGCUCCGUCGGCCAGUCCCCCGCUCGACAAGCCGCUAUAUUCGCCGGCCUGCCAUCAUCGGUCGAGGCUAUCACGAUAAACAAAGUAUGUGCGUCGGGUCUCAAGUCGGUCGUGUUUGCUGCGCAAAAUAUCCAGCUUGGGCUGGCAGAAGCUCAGGUCGCCGGUGGUAUGGAGAACAUGUCCAGGGUGCCGUACUACUUGCCAAGGAGCAGCGGCCUGCCCGCUUUUGGCAACGUCCAACUGGAGGACGGCCUGAUCAAGGACGGCCUCACGGAUGUUUAUGAUCAGUUCCACAUGGGAAACUGCGCCGAGAACACGGUGAAGAAGCACGGUAUCACAAGGGAGAUGCAGGACCAGUACGCCAUUCAGUCAUAUGAGCGGGCACAGGCCGCCUGGAAGGCCAAUGCGUUCAAGGACGAAAUUGCGCCAGUGACUGUGUCGUCAAGAAAAGGUGACAAGGUCAUUGAUACCGAUGAAGGAUACCUCGAUAUCAAGUUGGACAAGGUGCCAACCUUGAAGCCUGCUUUUGUUCGUGAUGGUACUGGUACAGUGACGGCUGCGAACUCGUCGACGCUCAACGAUGGUGCGAGCGCCCUUGUUCUUGGAAGCAAAGCCAUUGCGCAGGAGUAUGGAUCCGGCUCCCGCGUGCUGGCAAAGAUUUGCGGGUCUGCAGAUGCUGCCAUUGAUCCGAUCGACUUCCCAGUUGCUCCUGCCGAAGCGGUGCCGAUUGCACUGAAGCGAGCGGGAAUUACGAAAGACCAAGUGGCCGUCUGGGAGUUCAACGAGGCGUUUGCCGCGGUCAUUAAGGCCAAUGAGAAGAUACUUGGCCUUGAGAAGGCACGCGUCAACCCCCUAGGCGGCGCCAUCUCUUUGGGCCAUGCCCUGGGAAGUUCCGGAUCUCGCAUUCUGGUAACUUUGCUCCACCAACUUAAGCCUGGCGAGUACGGCGUAGCAGCCAUUUGCAACGGAGGUGGAGCUGCCACAGCCAUGGUUGUGCAGAGGAUUGAGUCCGUAUGAGGUUGGUGGGUGAGGGUUUGUCUCUGAUCAUGUUGUGUCUAAAUAAAAGCCAUUUGGUGUCUUGAUUUUGAACGAUAUUAUUUACAGAAUAUUCAACACAUAAUUGCUGCGCAGAGACGCUGCGAUAUGAGCUGUUUAAAUAUCUGUACGUCCGCCAGGGAAAUCCCUUGAUGUGCCUUUGCACCUUGGCUGAGGUACCCGCAAGACAAUGCCUUUAGAAUUCUGCGUCCAAAGACCACCACGGCAUAGGCCUGGGUGUACAUGUUAUUCAAUCUUUUCCAUCUUGGAGCAUACAAAAUCGGUUGUCCUUGUUUAUUUAUUU